AUGCUCGAGCUUCCGCCUGAGAAAAAGGGCUUCACGGACGUCACCCUGUGCAUCAUAACAUGUUUCAUGAUCAAGGAGAUGCAUUUAUCGCCACAGCCCUUGAACCCAGUCACCUCGUCAGAAGACCGAGAAGACCCGAUCAAGUCCCUAGGGAAAACUCCCCACGAACAAUAUCUCAACCAUUUCAACCUGGGGAUUCCAAUCCAUUGGGUAUCAGCCACAAUCAUUCGCCUUCAAUUAUCGAAGUCAUGGGUCUCGGUGCAUUCGCAACUUUCAUCCUCAGACCUAGGCGAGCCGCAAUCACAAUACAAAGAUUCGGUGUUUCGCACUGCUAUUGAACUUAUCGAAUUCGCAUACUUCCUGCAGACCAAUAAUUUAUCCCGCACAAUGGGGCUGGCUCUGCAGGAGUUACAAGCAAACGGAGACUAUUUCUUACAUUCUCGACGAGUUAAACUCUCGCCCACCCGGCCCUGGGACGGAUCGUGCCUGGGAAGUGGUGACCAAAACAACUUCCCUGUGGAGACAAAGUCCCCCAGACACAGAUAG